AUGCCUGGAUCUCCCAAAGCUGAACGACUCGACCCCAACGUGGACGCCAACAUGGACAUCAGAGUGUUUGCAGAUAUGCCUCAACAACAGCCUCGACCACAGCGCAACCGGCGUCGCAGGAUAGUCGUCGCAAUGACAGGUGCCACCGGCGCAAUCAUGGGAAUAAAGGUCCUUAUCGCCCUUCGCCGUCUCAACGUCGAGACACACCUAAUAAUCAGCAAAUGGGCCAGCGAAACCAUCAAAUAUGAAACCGACUACCACGUACCGAAUGUAAAAGCGCUCGCAGACUACGUGCAUAAUGUCAACGACAUGGCGGCUCCAAUCGCAAGCGGGUCAUACCGCACAGACGGCAUGAUUGUCGUGCCCUGCAGCAUGAAGACGCUGGCGGCCAUCGCGACAGGAUUCUGCGAUGAUCUAAUUUCACGGACGGCGGACGUGAUAAUGAAAGAGCGCCGACGUCUCGUCCUGGUGACGCGCGAAACACCACUGAGCGACAUCCACCUUCGGAACAUGUUAUCCGCGACGCAGAGCGGAGCAGUCAUCUUCCCUCCUGUGCCGGCAUUCUAUAUCCGGCCUGGAUCGGUGGAUGAUUUGGUCAAUCAGAGUGUGGGAAGGAUGCUAGAUCUGUUCGACCUUGACACGGAAGAUUUUGAGCGAUGGGAUGGUUGGAAGGGUUGA